AUGAAUUUUCUUCCUAUAGAAGUUCAACUAGAUAUAUUUAAAUGUCUAAAUUUCACUCAAUUAUUAAAUGUUCAACAAACAAAUUGUUAUUUCAAAAAUUUUAUUAAUGAAUAUGAAGAUGAAUUAGCACGGAAAAAAUGUUAUAAACUCCUCUUUGUAAUUUUUUAUUAAUCAAUUUUAACAAUUUUUUAGUCUUAUAUUCAUUGGAAAAAAUUAUAUCAUGAUGAGUUCUUUAAACCAGAACCUAAACUUUAUGACUUUGAAUUGAGUGAAGAAUUAGAGAAUAAGUGGAAAUAUGGAAUUAAAAAAUCAAUUCCUCUGUAUUUUAGUGAUAAUAGUAGAAGAAUGCAUACCGCUAUUUGUACCAUAUUAGAUCGCGAGUCAGGACAAGGUAGAUUUUUAUUUGAGGUCAUGAUAAUUUGGCGCUGGUCUAGUUUAUGCGUCCAAUGAACUUUUAUGAGUGCA